AUGUACCGAUGGAGCUUUUUCGGGGGAUUUUUGCUGCUGAUUGCUGGCGUUUCUUGCCAUGAUCAGACGGAAUUUGAUGGCAGAUCGAUGUUGCAAGAUUUUCGUAACCGAUUCAUGUCCUACGAGUACAUCGAGAACGAUGAGUGCCCGUUCAAGUAUCUGCGAAACGUGUACACCGACUACUGUCACGUGGCGUUGGUGAAGAAAAACGACUCCAUUUGCCUCGGCGUGCUGGUGUACGACAACUACAUCCUGACUACGGCGAGCUGCGUGCCACAAGACUGGAAGUCUGUCCAGGUGCAGCUGCAGUCGGGUUUCGAUUUGCCCGUCGUUGAUCGAUUGGUCUACUCCAAGUAUGAGACGCUCAAUAUAAGUAGUGCCAGUACUCCGAUCCUCUUGCGAAUUAAUGGAACCGUUAAUUACAGCAUCCCCUACGAGCAUACCGCCGCCUGUCUGUGGCCAAAAGAUAAUGUAGUGACGUACUCCAAAGUGCAGGAUGUAGCCUACGAUAAAACGUUGGAUAAAUUGAUUCAAAAUACAACGGUCUGUUCGAGCGCAACACAAGAAGCCUGUCUGAAAAAAACCUUCACUGAGUGGUGUGCGCGGCGCCCAUCUGGUAGCAUUUUACAGAUACGCGACCUGGAUCAUUACUCCAUGCACCCGAUGGUGGCGGGGCUGUUUUGCGAUGACCAAAAUCAGUUGGUACCGGUGUCGAGUUACGCCAGCUGGAUUCGCGAAGUCAUCGCCAGCGACCGUAUAGUGUUCGUGAUGCCAAACUCGGGCAUGGGUGAAAAGUGUAUCACCAGGAGUGAUAAGGAAGGGGUCUGCCUUACGAUCGAUUCCUGCCCCCAAGUCUACAAGGCCCUGACGGGCAAGGCGCGCAAUACCGACCGGCUCGAGCAGUGCGGUUUCGAAGGGAAAAAUAUGCUGCACUGUUGCUUGACGGACGAAAUGUUGAGGGCGGAAGACAAGAGGGAUAAGUUAAAGAGCAUCGAGCAGGAAAUCGAGCUCUGCCAUGAGCUGUACGAGGUGCAUCGCCGUACCACGAAGGAACAGCAGACCCAUUCGCAGCUGGCGCUGUUGCAGAACGAAGCCGGAGAGAGCGAAUGCAUUGGGACGCUGAUUGCAAAAAGCUUUGUUCUGACGGCUGCACAAUGUGUACAGCACAUAAAGUCCCAAAACUACACCGUUAUGGUUGGCAAAGGAAGUGGUGAUAAGAAUCUGAUGCAAACGAGGCAAAUCAAAUCAAUUCUGAUUCAUCCGAAAUUCGAGCACCAGUCUAACCACUAUAAUCUAGCCAUCAUUACCGUGAGUGCCCCGUUCACCAUCAUGGAGUACAGCGUCCCGGCUUGCCUGUGGUCGGACAAGAACCGUAUGCCGGUCAGACUCACUACGACUGGAUACCACUCUGCGUCCGAUGCCAUCACAGUCACCCAUGACCAUCUGCUCUAUUAUAUGGACUGUCGAUUGAAACACUACUCCAAUCUGACCCUUACCGAGUCCUGCAUCCUGCCGGAGAUCGAUGAAGGGUACUGCGAGGAAGAGCGCACUGCAUGUGCCGAAUCGGGUACGGGUUUGUUCAGUACGAUCUACAUGAGCGCCGACUGGAGACCGGUAAAUUUUUUGGUGGGUGUCUACAGUACCGGGGCGCAAUGUGCGCAGGGCAAGCCCGCCAUAUACACCAGAGUUAGUGAAUACUACCCGUGGAUUAGGAGCCAGCUCUACCUUAUGGCACAGGAUAUCUAA